AAGAUCCCUGACUCCUCCCACUACUUCCGUGUUUGCGUCUGUCCUGCGUGCUACUGGAUUUCGCUGCAGUUAAAGACGAGGGUGCUAUUUUAAGCUAAAUAAUCAUGUCUUUGGAGGUGGAAUCCGCAGACGUGAUUCGUCUGAUUAUGCAGUACCUGAAAGAAAACAGCCUGCACCGGACUCUAGCUACCCUGCAGGAGGAGACCACUGUGUCUCUGAACACCGUGGACAGCAUAGAGAGCUUUGUGGCGGACAUAAACAGCGGUCACUGGGAUACUGUCCUGCAAGCCAUCCAGUCCCUCAAGCUACCAGAUAAGACCCUGAUAGACCUUUAUGAACAGGUUGUGUUGGAGUUGAUCGAGCUGAGAGAGUUGGGAGCAGCUCGUUCACUUCUCAGACAGACCGACCCCAUGAUCAUGCUUAAACAAACCCAACCAGAGAGAUACAUCCACCUGGAGAACCUGCUGGCUCGCUCCUACUUCGAUCCCAGAGAGGCGUACCCAGACGGCAGCAGUAAAGAGAAACGCCGAGCAGCCAUCGCACAGGCCCUGGCUGGGGAGGUCAGUGUGGUGCCACCGUCUCGUCUUAUGGCUCUGCUGGGACAGUCAUUGAAGUGGCAGCAGCAUCAGGGACUCCUGCCUCCUGGUAUGACCAUCGACUUGUUCAGGGGUAAAGCUGCAGUCAAAGAUGUGGAGGAGGAGCGCUUCCCCACCCAGCUCACCAGACACAUCAAGUUUGGUCAGAAAUCUCAUGUAGAGUGUUCCAGAUUCUCCCCUGAUGGUCAGUACCUGGUCACUGGCUCUGUGGACGGCUUCAUUGAGGUCUGGAACUUCACCACCGGCAAAAUCAGAAAGGAUCUGAAGUACCAGGCUCAGGAUAACUUCAUGAUGAUGGACGAUGCAGUGUUGUGUAUGUGCUUCAGUCGGGACACAGAGAUGUUGGCCACCGGAGCUCAAGAUGGAAAGAUCAAGGUGUGGAAGAUUCAGAGCGGUCAGUGUCUGAGGAGAUUUGAACGUGCCCACAGUAAAGGAGUAACAUGUGUCAGCUUCUGUAAAGACAGCAGCCAGCUCCUCAGCGCCUCCUUUGACCAGACAAUCAGAAUCCACGGACUGAAGUCUGGUAAAACUCUUAAGGAGUUCCGCGGUCACUCCUCAUUCGUCAACGAGGCAACUUUCACUCCAGACGGCCACCACAUCAUCAGCGCCUCCUCCGACGGUACAGUGAAGGUGUGGAACAUGAAGACCACCGAGUGCUCAAACACCUUCAAACCUCUGGGCACGUCAGCAGGCACCGACAUCACCGUCAACAACGUCAUCCUGCUGCCCAAGAACCCGGAGCACUUUGUAGUGUGUAACCGCUCCAACACUGUGGUCAUCAUGAACAUGCAGGGACAGAUCGUGAGGAGUUUCAGCUCCGGUAAGAGGGAAGGUGGUGACUUUGUCUGCUGCACUCUGUCGCCCCGCGGCGAGUGGAUCUACUGCGUGGGCGAAGACUUUGUGCUCUACUGCUUCAGCACAGUCACCGGCAAACUGGAGAGAACGCUGACGGUACAUGAAAAGGAUGUGAUCGGCAUCGCCCACCACCCCCACCAGAACCUCAUCGCCACCUACAGUGAGGACGGCCUGCUGAAGCUCUGGAAGCCUUGAGGUGUUGACCCCAAAACUGAGACUGGACGUUCUCACUCAGCAGCUGCUCUCCUCACUCUGGACACUGCUCUGCCCUGUUCUUUUUGUUUUUUGUCAUUGUGCAGCCCUGGUGAAUCGCUCCCAGGUCCACGUGGACUCGCAGGUUUGGAUGCACAUGUUGAUGAUCUCAGUUUUACACAUUUAGCUGCAUGUUUCCUUUUGAACCUGGUUGUGUGUGUAAUGAAUAAAAAUGGAGAGAGUAUAGAUGCUUGUAGUAUUACUGAGAACAUGCAGCUGAAUGUUGAGACUUUAUGCUGGUGUCACAGCAGAGCCUUAUUUAGCUCCACCUCUGAGGGUAAAGGUUAGUUUUUAAAUGAAUGUCCACUUCUUAAAAUACUGUGCAAAAGUCAGGUCCAAGUUUAUUGGUGACCUUUUUCACCACACUGAAAUGUUGCUUCUUAUACGCUUAACUUCCAACACCAUUAAUGAGUUUGUCAGAGUGGGUGUUGUGUUCUGAUUUUGGAAAGAAAUUCUUGAAAAUAUGAGUCAAACACACUUGACUGUUGCAAAUACUCUUUAACCAUACUCAGGAAAGGUGCUUCCAUACCUGUGCAGCUAGAGAAGAAAAGCCCAUCGCAGUUAUUCUUUACAUAUGUUCAGUUUUUGGUCAGAUAGAUAAGGUUCUGCUGUUCAACACCGGAGCUUCACAGACACUUUUCAGAGCCCUCUUACGUCAGAGGGAGGAGCAGAGCCGUCAGAUGUUUGGGCUGAGGAGUGUAGAUACCAGACUUAACUUUUGUUUUGGAAAUUUUUUUGUAAAUAUAUUUUUUAAUACCAUUUUUUUCCAAGAAGACCUGGUUAAAUAGUGUGUAGUUGUGAGUUGGUGUGUCUUUAAGCCACGGCAAGAAAUGCAGCAGCAAAAAGUAUGUUUCCUGGAAAUACUCAGUUCUUAUUUGUCAGCAGAGAUCUCAGUGUGACCUGUAACUACAGUUUUAGGAGUCAUUCUGUUGUCAGAUAUUUGUCUCCAUGUUGAAUACAUUUGGAGGCUUUAUAUUUGCUCUUUUUAUUUUCUUAUCCCUGAAGCUGACUGUCCCUGGCUAAUUUUGGAAACCUCUCAAAUCUUCAGUGCAUGAAUUCGCAGUAAUUGACACAAAUCAAAGGUUCUGUAACCUCCUGGAUGUCCCUUGUAAUACCUCUUGUCUGUGCUAUUAAAGCUAUUUAACCAGAA